AUGCUCCGGGAGCGGCGCGAGUAUCGCCAAUGCUCCAAGCAAACGCUCAUCGACCCAAGCACCAAGAUCAAGAAGUAUCUGGAUGCGCAAGUUAUUCCCAACACGAUGAAAAUCGUGAUCCCGACAGCUCAGCCGGCGACGCGCGGGACGGGACCUAUGCCUAUAACGCCGAAGAAGGUCAAGGCGUCUCUGCGGCGAGGUGGCGCAAGCCCUGAUCGCAACAGGAUCCUGCAGAUUGUGGCGCAAGCCAAGCAGGCGAAGGAGAAGCAGACUGCCGCCGAUUCUCGACUUCAGAGCGCGUGGCGUACGAAGGGACAAGGUGCUCAAGUGUUCGCAGGUGGUGUGAGCACGUCGAGCUCUCGUGUGGACGCCGAGAGGCUCGAUCUGAUCACUCUCUUCACGACCUGCGUGGACUUGAUGGUCUACAUGCACAUGGGGAAGGUAUGCACCAUCGACGUUAUUGUCAAUAGUCCAGUGGUGGCUGCGUGA